UUAUUAAAUAGAUGCCAUCUUAUUGUAACAAUAAAGCCUCCCUACUCUAAUCCAAUACUUUAUUUUAAACUUUCCGAUUAUUUCCUUUAUUUUUAUUGAAAACAAAUGCCUUUCCAAUGUGAAAAUGGAGAAGAACGAGUUCGGCAAAAGGCGGAUUUGACCCGCGUCAAGCGGGUUUUGCGCUUAGUGUAGAAAGACAUUCUGUAAACUUAAACGUGAACUUUUUUAAAACUUAAAUUUUUUUUUAAAUGCUUUCACUUCAGGGAUAAUCUGCUGAUUGUCUUUUCUUAAAAAAGAUAAAAACCUAAGGUCUGUAUUACAACGCGUUUAUAAAUUACAACCAUUUGAGUUUGGAUAGUGCAUCACAUCUAUGAUCAAAGUAAAGGGGGGUGACAGUUAAGAGAUUAAAAUGUCGAAAAUAGCACUGACAAAGAACGAAUAGACAAACAUUUGACUGUUUAACCCAGUACACUAGCCCUAUUUGCUAACUUAUCAAGACAAAGCAUGUUCUGCAUGUGAGAAACAUUAUGGUGAGAGCCAAACUCACACUAACCAGCAUAAACCAGCUUGAAGCAGCUUGAAUUCUCAUGGUGGUCUUGUGUAAGAAUACCACUAAAAAAAUAAUCCAACAAGCAGCCCAACACAUAAGUGAGAGCCACAGACAGACAGAGGCUCCUGUGAGAGAAGUGGUAUGUGAUCUGCCGCUUGUUCUGCCAUCUGAUUGGUUGGUGCAGAGGCUGGGGAAGAUUUAAGCAGUCCUCAAGGUCUUGGGAAAUGCAGUUGCAGCUGUUAAAUGUGCAUAGAGACAUUUCACGCCCUAGUGCAGCGGUCAGGGGGUUACACAUGCACAUAAAUCUACUUGGCUCGAGGACACAAUCCCAGCAUGCACAGCUGCAUACACAGAAGUGAUCAAGAAUCAGAUGUCUCCUUGUCUAAAUGCAUUAGCCAUUUGCAGUUAUAAGUGAAUCCAAGGAUAAUAUGCUGACAUAAAGUAUGUUCUUCUCCUGACAUACAGAUGACUCCUUUAAUUUUGGCUCAAGAUUGAAGAUGGUGAUAGAGGUGCGCCCUCGUGUGGCGUCAGGAGUGCUUCUGCAUGUCUUCACUGGAGAGAAGGAAUAUCUCACCCUGUACACUUAUCAAAACCAGGUGGUUGUUGUGGUGAAUAAUGGUAUCCGUGAGUUCUCCACCUACGUGUCUCCUAGACAAGAAAUCUGUGAUGGAAACUGGCACAAAAUCACAGUGAUCAGAGAUGGUAACAUGGUGCAGCUGGAUGUGGAUUCAGAGGUAAAUCAUGUUGUGGGGCCUGUUGGUGAAGCAGCACAGAACAGCAGCUCUCCAGUGUUUAUUGGAGGAGCCCCAGACUCCAUGCUGCCUCACAGUCUCCACAGCAGGAGGGGCUACACGGGCUGCAUGAGGAACCUGUCUGUGAACGAGUCUCCUGUGAGCUUCAGUAAAGCGGCUUUGGUCAGCGGUGCUGUCGGUGUGGGCGCCUGUCCUGCUGCUUGAGCGACAGCAACAGAACUCACCCUGUGUCAUUGCUUGUGUUUCAGUGAAGAAUGAAGCACCUCUGUCUCUUCAGUAUCAUUUAUACCUACAGUAUUCUAUCACUAUGAAAUAUUUAAUUAAUCACUAAUGUACUGUAAACCAGAGCACUGCAAGCAUUGUGUUAAACUGAUACAAAAGGAUCUUAAACUGAGGUAUAUAAUUACUAAAAACCCGAUCCUUUAAACAAAAAAUGCACAAAAUAUUAACAAAGCCAUAUAGUACACCUUAAUAAAGCUGAUGUUUUCUGAUA